AUGAGCUCAGACGAUCGCCCCCUCAAAGAAGAAGAGCAGUGGUGGGCCAGUCACCAUGAUUGGCUGGCUAGCUCCGGGUAUCAGCUACGUCCGCGAUACACCCCAGGGUGGGUGCCGUCUUGGAAGGGUUCAAAGAAGAGAUGGUAUGAUGCCGAGGAUGGGAUUCGACCUCAGAAUAGUUAUAGCAUCAUGGACGCAAUCCGGAAAGAGGAUGGCGCCUUUGUGACUAUGAAACGGUUUCGUUGUGAUAUACACCCAUUCGAAAAGGACGUCGCGGAGUUCUUCUCCCGGGACGAGUUAGCCUCCGAUCCCAAGAAUCACUGUGUCAAAGUCAUCGAGUUCCUUCAAGUUCCGGAUGGCAAUCCGGAUAGCAAAAUUAUCAUCAUCGUAAUGCCUUUGCUUCGAGACAUUGACGAUCCGAUGUUCGAAACGGUGGGAGAGCUGAUGGGCUGCUUACAGCAACUGUUUGAGGGUCUACAGUUCAUGCAUAAACAUCACGUUGCUCAUCGGGAUUGCAAUCGGCGAAACGCUAUGAUGGAUGCUAGCUCAAUGUAUAUCGACCCAUGGCAUCCUGUCUACCCUGACAAGAGGCGUGACAACUUCACCAAGGAUGCCAGACACCAUAGUCGUACUCAGCGCCCGCCAAAGUACUACUGGAUUGACUUUGGCCUCUCUCGUCAAUUCGACGCGAGCGAGACCAACCCUCUAGCAGAUCCUAUUAUAGGCGGUGACAAGAGCGUUCCCGAGUUUCGGGAGAUAACUGGGCCAGUCAACCCCUUCCCCACGGACGUCUACUACCUCGGUAACCUGGUCAAACAGGAAUAUUUAGAGUUGAUCGCCUCGUAUAAGGGUACCGAAGGGUUAGAGUUUCUGCACUCAUUGAUAUACGACAUGGUACACGAGGAUCCGAGCCAGCGACCUACCAUGGACGAGGCUCUAAAACGAUUUGAGGAGCUCCGCAGUGACUUGACGACGUCACAGCUAAGGUCUGUGUUACAGUUCACAACGCCAGGUCGUAGAAAGUAUUUCCGAGAUAUGGUGUCCCAUUGGCUACAGCGGCUGUGGUACAUACUGCUACAGCUUCCCGCUGUUCCUUCAACUGACUAA